AUGGAAGAAUUGGAAAUAGCACUAUCUGAGGAUCAGAUUUGGAAUAGCUUAGAAGAAUAUGAUGGCGAAUCUAGUGAUAAGGAAUUCCAAUCUCCGAAAUUUGGAGAUUUUGAUAUUGAAAGAGAGUAUGAAUUAAAUAGUGAUGAAUAUAGCAACAUACUAACUGAUGACACCUUGUUGAGCUGGUCCACACCUAGAAAUAUGAGCCAUAACCGUGAGGAUAAAAAUGACUUUUCAGGAAUUAAGCUGUUUGGCUUAAGUGAAAAAAAAAAUGUCGUAAAUUUGAAUAUUCAAUCUGAAGAACUAGGUAUUGAGGAGCUUAAGAAUCACUUAGUUAAUGAGAAAGAUUGCGUAAAAACUAAUGACUAUAUACCAUUGCCUAACUCAGUUAAUACAAAGAAUAAUUUAAACCCAGAAUACAUUGAAUUACAGAUACAGGUUUCAGAACUAUUACGUGCAUCUGAAAGACACCAAGAAGAAGUCCAUUUGGAAUUAGAUAAAGCAUUGGCAUCUAAUGAAGUACUAAAGAAAGAAAUAGAUUCUUUAAAAGAUAAACUGGGAAUCAAUUCAACACUGCUUUGCAAGUAUAAACUGGAAUCUUUGGCACUAUCUGCUCAAAUACCAUAUUUAAAGAGUAUACCUCUAGAAAGUGCAAAACAAAAAGAAGUAUGUAUUUUGCAAAAUAAAGUAGGGAUACUAGAAGAAGAGCUAGAAGAAGCUAAUAGGCAACUAGUUAAUUAUGGAGUUUAUAGACAGAAGUGUAUUGAACUUGAAAGUGAAUUAAAUAAAGCUUCAGAUAAAUUCGCGGAACUUGAGAAAUUUCAAACUGAACAACUAAAAAUAGCUGAAGAUGAAAUUAGAUCUUUAACUGAAAUAAAGGACAAGCUAUUUUCAGAUUUGCAUAAUACUCUUAAAGAAAAUGAUGCGUUGAAACUUACAAACAAUGCAAUAAUGAGAAUUGACUCCACCUAUAAGAGUGUGCCAGCUGAUGAAGACAUAUCACUUGAGUUACUAAAUGCUCAUUUAGAUUCAGAAAUUAAUGAAUUAAGUACCAAAGAAAACAGUGAGGUUAUCUCAGAAGAUCAAAAGUUAAUAGUCUUUGAGAUAUGUAGAUCCAUUAUACCAAAACUUUCACACAAAAUUGCUGAGGAAAUGGUACAUGGCUCUGAAGACAAUAAAAAUGACAUUGAAUCCAACUCGAGUAUCAUAAAAAGAAUAGAUAAGUUUAUAAAAAGAAGUAUUGGAAUUCAGGCAGGCUUUCCACAGUUUUCUAGUACUACUGGAUUCAAUGAUGCCGAUCCAAUAUUUAUUAGAAAUGAAGUGAUAACUCUUAGAAAUGAAAACAAAAGGCUUAAGAAGGAGAAUCAAAGCUUAAAAAAUGAUAUGAAGAGUCUUAACAAGAGAAUAGUACAUAGAAAUGUAGAGAGCAUGAGAGAGGUGAGUUACAGAACUUCUGGCACUAAAAAUAGCUUUGCUGCAAGUGGUAAUCAUGCAGUAAAUAUCAAGAACCCUUCUGGAUGGGCUAGUUCCAUAGUUAAUGAAGUCAGUGAGUUGGAAGAACGAUGCAAUAAACUGAAGAUGGAUAAUUUAACUCAAAAACCAGUUAUUUUAUCAAGGGAGAGUACAAAUUAUAAUUCAACAGUUGCAUCAUUUGAAGAUUUAAAAAAAAACAAUGUAGAGGAUCUUAAAUCACAAAGUGCAAAAAAAUCUUCAUUGAACGAGCUUAACAGUUUAAGAGAAAAACUUGUAACUGAAGGUAUUUUAUUAUAG